AUGCUGAAGUCCCCGUUCUGCCUCCGAGUUGGACACCUUCUCCUCUACUCCAUGCCAGAUUCCAACACAACCCACUUCACCGGCAACCCCUCCACCUUCAUCCUGCAGGGCAUCCCUGGCCUGGAGGCUGCCCAUGUCUGGAUCGCCAUCCCCUUCUGCGUCAUGUACGCCAUAGCCAUCUUGGGGAACGUCGCCAUCCUCUUCAUUGUCAAGAAGGAGCCAACACUCCAUGAGCCCAUGUACUAUUUCCUCUGCAUGCUGGCUGUAGCUGACCUGAUCCUGUGUACAUCCACCGUUCCCAAAAUGCUGAGCCUCUUCUGGUUCAAUUCCAGGGAGAUCGAUUUCAAUGCUUGUCUCACCCAAAUACAUUCCACCAUCUUGACGAACACAGUAGUGGCCAAGAUUGGCCUGGCUGUGGUGCUGCGUGGUACCAUAGUCUCACUGCCCUACCCCUUGCUGGCGAGGCAGUGGCCGUAUUGCAGAACCAACCUCGUCCCUGAGCCAGUCUGCGCUCACAUCGCCGUGGUGAAACUGGCCUGUGCUGACACCAGCAUCAGUAGCUACUACGGCCUCUUUGGGUUUUUUGGUGUGUUGGGUUUGGAUGUGAUUUUCAUUGCCAUGUCCUACACCCACAUCCUCAGGGCCAUCUUCCGCCUCCCUACCAAGGAUGCCCAGCUUAAAACGUUUUGGACCUGCAGCUCCCAUCUCUGUGUGAUCAUUAUCUUUUACAUCCCGGGCCUCUCCUCCUCCCUCACCAGCCGAUUUGCACAGAACGUGCCCAAGUACUUCCAGCCUCUUAUUGGCAAGAUGUACCUGCUUGUCCCCCCCAUGCUACACCCCAUCAUCUAUGGGGUGCGGACCAAGCAGAUCCGGGAGAGCCUGCUCCGCCUCUUUACUCCUAAAGGGCCCUAA